AUGAGCAAAGAUUUAGUUGUCAAAACCAAUCGCCUUAAUCAAGCUUUCCAAGUCCUAACUCUUGCAGAGUUGCAUAUUGUUCAGCUUGCGAUUGUUGAUGCACGAGAAACAGGAACAGGACUAAGUACAGAUAAGCCGUUAAGAAUUGAUGCUAUGCGAUAUGCAGAAGUAUUUGGUACUAGUCGCCAGAAUGCUUAUCAGCGUAUGAAAGAGGCAGAAGAUACGUUAUUCAAUCGUAGAUUUAGUUUCUAUGAUGAAGAUGGAAAAUUGGUAAAAAGCCGUUGGAUACAACAAGUAAAAUAUCUUGAUGAUGAGGGAGCAAUGGAACUUGCUUUCACAAUGGCAGUUGUUCAUGGAAUUAGUCGAAUUGAUGGGGUGAAAGAGUUCUUUACGCAAUAUCUUUUAAGUCAAACUGCCAAACUUUCAAGUGUAUAUUCUGCAAGGCUUUAUGAGCUUCUUGUUCAGUGGAAAAGCGUUAGUAAAACCCCUAUUUUUGAGCUAAAUAAUUUCAGAGAUCAGCUAGGAAUUGGGGUUAAUGAAUACAAAGCAAUGAGUGAUUUUAAAAAGCGUGUUCUUGAACCUGCAAUUAGAGAAAUUAACGAACAAACAGAUAUAACAGCGAGUUAUGAGCAACACAAAAAAGGGCGUGUGAUCACAGGAUUCUCAUUCAAGUUCAAGCAGAAGCCAAAACAAGCUCAAAUUGCCACAGAAACGCCAAAAAGAGAUCAGACAGAGGAACAAUCCCUAAAACCGCUUACAGAGCCUCAAAUCGCAAAAUACAGCGCAAUUCUGUGCAAAUUAGGCAGUCUUUCAGAGCUUGCAGGCACAAUGGACUACCCAACGUUUGCAAAUUGGCUUGGAAAUAUCUUGAGGGAUCCAAAAAACUGUAAUCAAGAAACUGUAAAACGAGUUUUCAAAGUAUUGGGAACAGAAACGGACUAUUCAAAAUCAAAAACUUAG